GACAAGAUCUUCGAGACGCCCACAAUUAUGCUCAGUGGCCUCGUCAGUGGUGAGGAGGAAGUUCCAGUGGGCGUGCAGGCGGUGCUGGUCCGAGACGCCAAGUCCGCACCAGACAUCCUCAGCCACUGCGCGGUGCGCGCGCGGAACUCCGGGGUGCUCCUGGCGUCCUGCUACGACUCCACCCUCACCGAAAAAAUCGAAGCGGAGCUCUUGGGGCAAUGGGUUCAGGUGGUUUGCUCUGCGGACGGCUCCGUGGAAAUCAAGGCGGCUGAGCGCCCGAUGGCGGACCCCAAGCGCAUGCGCAUGAUGGCCAGAAGUGCCAGCCGCGACCUCACCCAGGAGCUGAUGUCCAAAGAAACAGACUCAACCAAGCUCGUGAACAUGAACCUAAAGGAAGACUUUGGGUGCAAAUGGGUCGUCACGCCUGAGAAGAUGGACAAAUCGAAGGUGGGUAGCAAGAGCCUAAAUCUGGCGCUGCUAAAGCCGCAGCUGCCGAAGGAUAUCCUGACGCCCCAAGCAGUGGCGAUGCCGUACGGCUCGAUGCAGAAGGCGUUGACGAGCAGAGAAAAUGCCAAGGAGUGGCUCUCGAAGCUGGAGGCGUGCCUGGCCCAGCUGCAGCCCACCAGUAGCAACGAGGAUGCCAAGACCAUCUUCCAGGAGGCCCAGGUCUAUGUGAACGCUUUGCAGAUGCCAUCGGAGCUGGACCAAGCUCUGCGAAGCGCCAUGGAAGAGGUGGGCAGCAAGGAGGGCGAGAAGCGCCUGCUGAAUUUGUACCACCGGGGCGAUGCCUGGGAUGCCACCAAGCAGGUGUGGGCCUCUCUCUUUGGCUUGCGGCCCUGGGUGUCUUUGGCCAAGGCGAUGGUCAAUUCAGGGCUGUGGGACGAGCUCUCAACGGGCAUUGGGGAGCUCUGA